GCAUCCUGGGAGCUGUAGUUCCCCGGGCAGUGCGACAUGGCGGCGGUGCGGGCGCUGGCGAUUCUCGGAGCCGCGUUUCUCCUCGCUGCUGGCGGCCAGGCCAGCAAAUACUCCCGGGAAGCCAACGAGGGUUUGGCGGCCGCCGGCGCCAAGCGGCGGGAGAGCGGGGAGUUCCGAGUAGUGAAGCUGAACCAAAUCUGGGAGAAGGCGCAGCGGCUUCAUCUCUCUGCUGUGAAACUGGCAGAAUUGCACAGUGAUCUGAAAAUACAAGAAAAGGAUGAGUUAAGCUGGAAAAAACUGAAGGCUGAAGGGCUAGAUGAAGAUGGAGAGAAAGAAGCCAAACUGAGACGCAACUUAAAUGUCAUUAUGACUAAAUAUGGAAUGAAUGGAAAGAAGGACUCUCAGCUAGUUGAUACAAACUACAUUAAAGACGGUACAGAAAGUGAUACACUAGAUGAUCCAAGACUCGAAAAAUUAUGGAGCAAGGCCAAGACCUCUGGGAAGUUCUCUGAUGAUGAGCUGGAUAAGCUUUGGCGAGAAUUUAAGCAUCACAAAGAAAAGGUUCAUGAAUACAAUAUUCUGUUGGAGACUGUGAGCAGAACAGAAGAUAUCCACAAAAAUGUUAUCAACCCAUCAGAAGAGAACCUGGUGAAAGAAGAAAUCUUGCACAACAAACACAGAGAACUCAAAGACAAGCUAAGAAGCAUCAAUCAGGGGUUUGAGCGUUUGCGUAAAGUCACUCACCAGGGAUAUGACACAACUAGUGAAUUUGAAGAACCACGAGUGAUUGAUUUAUGGGACAUGGCCAAAUCAGCCAAUUUUACUGAGAAAGAACUUGAAUCUUUUCGGGAGGAGCUGAAACACUUUGAAGCAAAAAUUGAAAAGCACCAUCAUUAUCAGAAACAAUUAGAGAUUUCACAUCAGAAACUGAAGCACGUAGAGGAGACUGGAGAUAAGGAUCAUCUGAACAGAAACAGAGAGAAAUAUGCCAUGCUGGAAGAAAAGACAAAAGAACUAGGAUAUAAGGUAAAGAAACACUUGCAGGACUUAACCAGCAGAAUUUCUCAAGGUCUUCAACACAACGAAUUAUAAAAAUUUGUUCUCCUUCAUGGGAUCAGUUUAUUGACACAAAACAGAUAAUGUAUUUUAGAACAGAAUUUACCAAGGAGUCCUUCUGAAAUAGUACAGAUUGCACAGGGUUGUCCUGUAAGAAAAUUUUUUUUUGGUUCACUGAAUUGCCAGUUUUUUACUUGCACUAUGAUAUUAAAUGAUUAGAUUAUAAAUUUAAGUUGCACAUCUUGGAUCAUGUAAAUCUUACAUUUGAGUCAAGUAACAUUCUUUGAAAUGAGUGGUUCUGUCAAAAGGAAAAACCUGUGAACUUCCAGAACAUUCCUGCUAGUAAAAAAAAUACUAAUCUGAUAGUCAGGAAAGGUAUUCUGAUCAAUGAAAGUAAAUACUGAGGUACAGGAAGUUAAAACAAAGGCCAGAAUAGUCUUUCGUUUCAGUGCCUGGCCUGAUAUAUUUCCUGCUGAAGGUAAUGAAAUAUUCCCACUGACAUUGAGCAGUGGCUCCAAUCUGCACUGUAUGUGAAUCUUUCUUUUAAAGGGGGAGAAAGAGUAAGAGAGAACAAGUACUGAGGUCAAUUCACAGAGUUUAGUU